AUGAGUGAGCAGGAGGUCACCUACACAAGUGUGAGAUUUCAUAAGUCUUCAGUGUUGGAGAACCAAGUGAGGCCUAGGGAUACUCAAGGGCCCAGAGAAGCUGGCCGCCGAGGGAGUUCAGUCCCCUGGCAGCUCAUUGUGGUAGCUCUUGAACUCCUCUGUUGCAUUCUGCUGGUAACUGUUGUGGUGUUGGUGGCAAACAUUUUUCAGUAUUGUCAUGAAAAACAUGAGAUGCAAGAAACUUUAAUUCACCGCUGUAACUGCAGCACCAUGGCAAGUGACAUUGACAUAAAGGAAGAACUGUUGAGAAAUAAGUCUAUAGAGUGUAGUUCAGGAAAUGAUCUUCUGGAAUCCCUCAAUAGAGAGCAAAACAGAUGGUACAAUAAAACCAAGAAUAAGAAUAUUUUACAUUCCUCUCAGCACACAGGCAAAUGUGUUGAAUCACACUGGUUCUGCUAUGGUAUAAAAUGUUAUCGUUUCAUAAUGGACAAAAAAUCAUGGACUGAAUGUAAAGAUUCCUGCCAGCAUUUCAGCUUAUCUCUUCUGACAAUAGAUGAUGAGGAUGAACUGAAGUUCCUUCGGCCCCAGGUUACUCCUGACAGUUACUGGAUUGGAUUGUCAUAUGAUAAGGAAAAAGAGGAAUGGUCAUGGAUUGACAGUGGUUCAUCUAAACUUUCCUUGAACAUAGUGAAAUACAAUGUAAAGGAAGGAGAAUGUGUGUUCUUAUCUAAAACAAGACAAGAAAAUACUAUGUGCACAAACCAGUACCCGUGUAUUUGUGAGAAGAGACUGGAUGAGUUCCCUAACUGGCUCUCCAACAACAGAAUUUAUAGUUUACGAAGAGGUCUUGGACAGUGUCUCACUGCUGUAAUAGUAGGAGUUGGCAAUCUUCAGUAUUCAAGGGCUAGCAAUAUUUUUUAA